UUAAUAAAUAUAUACUUAAAUUCAAAAAUAAUUCAAAAAACAAAACAAACAAAAGAACAAAAAACAAAAGGCAGCCAAAUUGAGGAAGCAGAUUUCGGAGAGUCUUCCUUCAUUUCAAAUGCCAAACCUCUUCUUUUCUUUCUUCUUCUCGACUGAUAAACAGUGAGUUGAGAGAAAGGGUCGAAGCGUGAAUUAGGAUUUUUUGGGUUCUUGAGAAGGAGAUUGGUUGCGGUGGUUUUCUGGUUAUGGGAGAUGAGAAAUCGACGAUCGUGAUGGUGAGUAGAGAUAGGGAGAGUAGAGAUCGAGAGUUUCUAAUCCCAGUCGCUGAAUCCGUCCACGAUGAUUCCUCUAAACCUUCUUCUUCUUCUUCCUCUUCUUCGCAUCACACCGGUCGCGAGACCUUUUACAAAGUUGUCCGGAGCUGGGCUUCAAAGAAGUUCAUGACAGGAUGUGUCAUUCUGUUUCCUAUAGCGAUCACUUUCUACAUAACAUGGUGGUUUAUUCACUUUGUGGAUGGAUUUUUCUCUCCAAUUUAUGCUCAACUUGGCAUUAAUAUAUUUGGUUUUGGAUUUGUUACUUCUAUAACAUUCAUCUUCUUGGUUGGGGUAUUCAUGUCAUCCUGGUUGGGAGCAUCUGUCCUGGGUCUUGGUGAGUGGUUUAUCAAGCGGAUGCCAUUUAUUCGUCAUAUCUACAAUGCCUCCAAGCAGAUUAGUUCUGCUAUAUCACCUGAUCAGAACACACAGGCCUUCAAGGAAGUAGCCAUCAUAAGGCAUCCCCGUAUUGGUGAAUAUGCAUUUGGAUUUAUCACUUCAUCUGUUAUCCUGCAGAGUUACUCUGGUGAAGAAGAGCUAUGCUGUGUCUAUGUUCCCACGAAUCAUCUUUACAUUGGUGAUAUAUUCCUCGUCAAUACCAAGGAUGUUAUCAGACCGAAUCUAUCAGUCCGUGAAGGAAUUGAAAUUGUUGUGUCUGGAGGGAUGUCCAUGCCCCAGAUCUUGUCAACACUAGACAUACAUUUGCCGCUGGAAAGUAGAUCUGUCGGAAACUUAGAUUUAAGGUGACAGUUGUAGAGUUGUUUAUUCAUUGUAUUUUCUCUGGUUUCAGAUUUAAGUCAUUGGAGCGGCCACACAAUCAAUGUGUUGGUAAUACAGGAUCCGGAAUUAGAUUUUAUAAAUUUUUGGCUAUCUGAUUCUGUUGGCAGAUGCACCGUUCCUUGAUUACAUAGAAUGUAACACUUUUAGCUUUCGAAUGUAGUUUGGUUGAUAUUAGGGCAGGUAGUAGUUUGUUGUUGGAUUGUGUUUCUUCAUUUUCUUCCAACUAUUACAACAGCAAUGCUAUUUAGCUGAAUAUGUUCUAUUCGCUCCGACCGA